AUGGGGAGUCCCCAGAGGUGGCCUCACCCAUGGCUGCUUUUGGUGCUGAGCUGGCUCUGGCCCUGCAGGAGCCUGGAGCUGAUCCCCUACAUGCCACAGAUAACAGCCUGGGACAUGGAGGGGAAGGUCACAGCCACCACCUUCUCCCUGGAACAGCCACGCUGUGUCUUCAACGGCCAUACCAAUGCUACUGAUAUCGUCUGGCUAGUGGUGGCCUUCAGCAAUGCCUCCAGGAACUUCCAGAACCCAAGGUCACUGGCUAAGAUCCCCUCCUUCCCCCGGCUGCUGACUGAUGGCUACUAUAUGACGAUGCCCCUGGCUCUGGUCCAUCUGGCCUGCACAGACCCAGUGGAGGGUGGCGGCAAUAUCACCCUGCUGCGGGUGGGCAACGACACUGGGUGCCUGGCUGACCCCUACCAGCCGCCCUUCUGCAAUGCCCCCCUCCCUGGCCCCGGGCCUUACAGCGUGAAGUUCCUCCUGACGGACACUAGGGGCUCGCCCCGGGCUGAGACAAAGUGGUCGGAUCCCAUUGCUCUUCACCAAGGGAAAGGUCCAGGCUCCAUCGACACGUGGCCAGGACGUCGAAGUGGCGGCAUGAUUGUCAUCACCUCCAUCCUCUCUUCUCUGGCUGGCCUCCUGCUCCUGGCCUUCCUGGUUGCCUCCACCAUACGCUUCUCCAGACUCUGGUUGCCGGAGGAGGGCCCAGAACCACUGCGGAUUGGUUCCUUCAUGGGGAAGCGCUACACGACCCACCACAUCCCACCCAGCGAGGCCACCACGCUGCCUGUGGGCUGUGAGCCCAGCCUGGACCCCCUCCCCAGCCUGAGCCCUUAG